AUGGAAGUGUUAAACCCAGUGGAAGGUAAGACCUUUAGGCUCCCGGUUGGGUACAGGUUCGACCCCACUGAUGAAAUUCUUGCUGGUUACUACCUCAGGAAGAGGAUCAUGGCACAGCCACUUCCUAAUGACCUCAUCCAAGACUGUGAUGUUCACCAGACUGAGCCUUGGGAGCUUCCAGGAGGUGGGAAGUACAUGAAUUGGCAGAGGUUUUUCUUCUAUGAUGUCAGGACCCAUGUGUUUGAAAACUCUGACAAGAGAGAUGCUGGGAAAGGCGAAUGGAGAGCAGUGGAGAAAGAUGAAGAGGUUGAGUUUCCUGGCGAACAAUUCAUAGCAAAGAGGAACAUUCUGGUUUUCUGGAAAGCCAGGGGCAACUCUCUUGCCAAAACCAACUGGGUGAUGCAUGAGUUUCGUCUUGCCCUAAAGUCACAUCCAUCAAUGAUGUCAGCUAUGGCUGUGUGCCGCAUAUUCGAGACAAAGGGCUCAAAGAAGGGAAAGAAGGCAAAAUCUGAAGGGGUGGCCUCUAACAGGAGCAAUGUUGAAGAAGCUAUGGUUGUCACACCCACUGUCAUUGAUUUCAGUGUGGAGGGUGGCAUGGAGGCUGGUCCUCCCGCACCGGGGACCCCCUGA